ACACACAAGGCAGCUAUGUCGAAUUGCCGAUCGAUCCGUGGCUUGGCUUGCUUGGCUGCAUCUAUCCCCUGCUUCUUUCUUUCUUUCUGUGCAUGCAGCAUGGCAGCAUGCAGAUGCAGGGGCAUUGCAUUUCAACCACCACAUGCAUGCCACCAGGAGGAGCAGGAGCGAGACUAUCCUGACCUCUCGUUGUAUUCUUCCUUCUCGGGACUGAUGGCCACGACAUCCAGAUCAGAGAUGUUUGUUAUUAGCAAGAAUAUAAUGCAUUCUACUAGCUAGUAACAUACUACUACUGUAUGUAGUUGCACUGCUUUUGCUUUUGCACGCCACCUACUUCACUCGAUCCACGGACAGAUCCAUCGAUGGCAUCUGCGGCAGGAAUAAUGGAGGCGGCGCUGCUCGUCGCCGCGGCGCUGCUGCUGGUGCUGGGCGGCGGCGCCGAGGCGCUGAGCCUGGACCUGUACGAGGAGAGGUGCCCGGAGGCGGAGGCGGCCGUGACGGCGGCCGUGCGCCAGGCCAUGGCCAAGGACCGCACCGUGGCGGCGGGGCUCCUGCGCAUGCAUUUCCACGACUGCUUCGUCAGGGGCUGCGACGGCUCCGUUCUCCUCGACUCCACCGCCAACGUGACGGCCGAGAAGGACGGCCCGCCCAACGUCUCGCUGCACGCCUUCUACGUCAUCGACAACGCCAAGGCGGCCCUCGAGGCGCUCUGCCCAGGCGUCGUCUCCUGCGCCGACAUCCUCGCGCUCGCAGCCAGGGACGCCGUCGCGCUGUCCGGUGGCCCGUCGUGGGUCGUGCCCGUGGGCCGCCGCGACGGCCGCGUAUCCCUGGCCGCCGAGACGUCUACGCUGCCGGGGCCCAGGGCCAGCUUCGAGCAGCUGAAGCAGGCCUUCCACGCCCGGGGGCUCUCCACCAAGGACCUGGUGGUGCUGUCGGGCGGCCACACGCUGGGCUUCGCGCACUGCUCCUCCUUCCAGGACCGCAUCCACCCUGACAAGGCCCAGCAGCAGGACCCUUCCCUGAGCCCCUCCUUCGCCGCCUCCCUCCGCCGGGCGUGCCCCGCCAACAACACCGCCCGCGCCGCCGGCUCCGGCCUGGACGCCACCUCGGCGGCCUUCGACAACACCUACUACCGGAUGCUGCAGGGCGGGCGGGGCCUGCUCGCCUCCGACGAGGCGCUGCUCACGCACCCCAAGACGCGGGCGUGGGUGGCGCUGUACGCGGCGUCGCAGGAGGCAUUCUUCAGGGCCUUCGCCAAGUCCAUGCUGCGGAUGGGAGGGCUCAACGGAGGAGACGAGGUGCGAGCAAACUGCAGGCGCGUCAAUCAAUAGGGAAGUCACCGGGCUGGGCUGGGCUGGGCUGGAUGUGCAGCAAAAGUGCUUCGAAUUCCAACUGGGCCAGGCCUUUAUUACCUGGAGUACUACUGUAGUAAAAAAAGAGACCAUGUUUAUCUGUCUAGUAGUAUUUAUUUGCAUCCUGGUUCCUUUCUUGCAACGGGACUUUAUAAACUGUUAUACAUGCUGUUUAGAUA